GGCAUUUGUGGCUUCAAUGCUGGGUCCACCAACGUUAUGUAUGUACCUUGCUCUUUCAUGUACACUACAAUGCAGGUACAUGGAACCUUGGUAGAAAACAACAUUCCGCCCAAGGUUUAAAGUCAGGUAGGAUCUUUACUAUGUACACACAUACAUACGAGUAACAGCACCAAGUUAAUAGGCAUCAUUUCUUAAUUUCUAAAUCAACCCUCAGGUGGCCAACUGAACUACACCACACCACUAACCUCUAGGUAGGCACAAUGUCUGAUUUGUUUCAAGAGUUAUUAAAUCCGCCUAGCUCAGCCGACCGUCGCUCAAAUGACAAGACUCAGACUGACCCUGUCGCCCUCCAAUAUCUUUCCACAUUGGCUUCUAUGCCCCUUUCUCAACUAGAUGGCUCCGAACAGCAGUCAUUAGCCCAAUCUUCUCAUUCACUACACCUCUCUCUACAAGCCCUUUCUAAACGUUCUCACAAGUCUAUCAUUAGCUCGGCAGCUAAUCAUGCCCACCUCGGCACUACGCUUCCUACUCUAGCAGCCUCGGCCACUGAUUUAACGGCUGCCAUACCUAAGUUAGAUAAUGAGGCAGUUCGUUUUUCAACUACUUACCACAAAUCCGGAGACAAUGAAUUCCUUAAUGCUCGAAAGCGAGCCCUGUUACUGUCGAGAAAUGUCGAACGAUUAGUGGAUGUGCUUGACCUCCCUACUUUACUCUCCACUGCCAUCUCCACAGGCUCUUCUGCCCCGGCUGCAAAUUAUGCAUCCGCGCUGGAUCUUAACGGCCAUAUCCGCCGACUGCAUGGCCUAUACCCCGACUCACCUUUGGUGGCGUCUGUUUCCACGCAGGCCGAUGAAGCUAUGCAGGCCAUGGCCAAAAACUUGAUAAUGGGCUUACGCACACCCGGCCUCAAGCUAGCAUCUGCCUUGAGGACGGUCAGCUGGCUCCGAAGAGUCAUACCGGAUCUUGAUACUACCGGCGCCACUGGAAAUGGCGGAGGGCUAGGAGCUUUAUUCCUCGUAUGCCGUCUGUCAACACUCAUCAAUAUGCUAGCUGCCUUAGAGCCACUUCGUGAGCUAGCAGAACAGGAAAGGGUGCGGCAACAGCAGAACCCAACAGGGAGUGCCUGGUCUGGAGGACAGCAAACAGAGAGAUACCUCAAGCGUUACAUAGAGAUAUUCAGAGAGCAAAGUUUUGCCAUCAUCUCAAUGUUUAGGAGUAUAUUUCCUACGCACACAAAUGAGACGCCGUCAAAAACAAGCGAUGAUGACCCUCUACAGCCUGUACCAUCCGCAGCAUCGACAUUCUUAUUUCACCUUAUCGAGAUGUUAAUGGAGACACUCCGGAUUUACCUGCCAACUGUUAAAGACCAACCGUCCCGUGAUAGUUUAUUGACACAAGUUCUUUACUGUGCCGGAAGUCUUGGACGUCUUGGGGGAGACUUUGGGAUAUUACUAGCUACUAUCGACGUUGGAGAUGAAGCAGAAGAUGAAUGGGUCGAGGUAGUUAAGCGUCACCGGCUCAUGGCAGGUCGUCUAGAAUCAAUCGUCGGCGGUAAAGAGAAAGGGGCCGUAGAGCCCAUCAAAACAUAAACAUUUACCACCAUUCCCACUGAGAUUUAACGUCAAACUUACUCUUCUUAAAUACCCUUCUCUAAUAGACAAAGAGUAAUUUAAGGAGAAUGGAGAUGAUGCCCGUGGUCUAAAUAUAUUAAAGCAUGUGCACGCAUAAAAGUAUUUUAUGCUUAGGUACAUAUAGCCCACACGAUCCCUGUAC